AUGGUUCCCUUUGUGACAUUCUUGCUGAUUCCUCUGCUCCUUCUCCACCACUCAAGAGGUGCCCCAAGUGGCUUCAACCUGCUCCCCCCAGAGGGUUUGACCCUUGUGCAGGACAACUUUGAUCAGGAUGGGCAGUCUUGUACCAAGGAAGAUGUCUUCCAUGCAGCAUACACCUCAUUUGCACUACCCACAAAUUCUUCUGAAUUUUCUCUCGUCACACAGCUUGGAGAUGUGGGCCAUGAGGACCGGCAUGGGGUGGUUCUUGUUUUUGAAGAUGUCACAUUCAGCAUCAACCCCGUUGCAGGUGAACUGCGACUCAAUUUCACCAGCGGUCGAUCCUUGAAUUAUGAGGUACCUGCUGUCUUAGCUGCAGAAGAAUUCCAGCAGUUCGUAGCAUUGGUCCGGCGGAAAGAUGGGGCCCUCCGGGUUUGCCUUGGUGACACACAAGUUUUCGCAAAGGAGAAGAUCAAGGGAAACAAGGUGCAGGGUUUGCCUUCUGACAUCAAUUGGGAGUUCCUCAAUGAUGAUAGCACGUUAAAACUCCCACAAAUUAGCCUGUCCAUCGGCGACCCACAAGGGAAGGGCACCCUCGAUGCGCACAUCAGUUUUCUGCUGCUCAUAGAAGAGGCACUGGACUGUCCUGACGUUGCACUUGUAGCUGAAAACAUUCUCAUGGAAGACAGCAUUGUUGGUGCGCCUGGCAUGAAUCAACUGCCAGUGGUUCAGCGCAUUUGGCACAGUCCAGAAACUGUUUUCGUGGGACAAGGCGUCACGGUGGAGGCUGCGGCUUUGGAUUAUGAUAUGGACACAGUGAGAAUUAGGAUGACAUUCUUUGGGGUGCCUCAGAGACCUUGCCAGUCUGCCACUUGUGGUGACGAAAUCAGGGAGUCCAUUGGCUUCUUUGGUGAAGGAGAGGUACACAGCUUUGUGGAGUACAAGCGAGCAGGCAGAUACAUUGUGCGUGUGGAAGUGACGGACAUGAAAGGCCAUAUUAUCACAGAGGACCAUGAAAUUCUAGUCAGGAAAGUGGGAGACGUCAACGCAAGUGCUGAGUGCUGCCGUACUACAGGCAUGGUCAUAGCACUGCAGGAGGGCAGGCCUAUACAUGCCGCAAACUAUCGAGACCCCUCUGUCUUUGCGCACGCUCAGCGAAUGGGGUGGGAUGCAGAGUAUUGGACAACAGAAGAUCUGGAAGCUGAGCGCCUGUUCGAUUUUGGGUCGCUGGCUCCAGAUCCAUCAGGUUUGAAAUGGGGUGAAUGGGACAAUCUGACAAUCGCAAAACCAGAAUGUGAGACGCACUUCACAAACUGGGCAGCUAGAUCGCCCUACCAGUCAACAAAAAGGGGCGUGCCUUGUUCCUACACCUGCACCAGAGAUGGCCUUGAGACCAUGAUCAGAGAAGCUGGGAGUUAUGAUCGCCUGAACGAGGCUGUAAUCGAAGCCACCUAUGGCAGAGCAUCACUGUCAUGGGAGGUGGAGUUCACAGAGGUUAUCUAUUUGGCUCAUGACAGCCCACACAAGUCAACAUUUGCAUUCCAUGAUAGGCCAGUGCGAAGCUACCUCAGUGACAAAGGAAUUGACAUGGAACAGGAGUACUUCAUGGGAAUGGUUCUCUCCCCAUGGCCACACCACAACAAUUGGGGCACUCUGGCAUGGGCUUCAGGCUCGAACAGCAUGCCACUGAUAUUUGUGUUGCAGUGCAAUCCGCGCAUGUACUACCUCAUCCAUGAAACAGGACACAAUUUCGGCUUGCCGCACUCCGUCCUGUACAAAUUGGAAAAUGCAACCAAUGUGCCCAGUGACCCCCUUGGCCCAGGUGUCAUUGAGGACGGCUACACAGACAAGCUGGAUAUCAUGGCUUGCUGCAAAGGGAACUUCAAUCUCCACUCAAGGAUUCUUGCUGGCUGGGUGGCUGGAAAUGAGAGGGCACACUUGCCUGUGUCGAGUGUGAGGGAACCCUAUACUCACAAGUUCAUCAUUUGGCCGUUUGACCGCUCUGCUUCAGAGGGAAACCUCAUGGCUGUCACCAUGCGACUAACAGCAGACAAGAUGCUGGUGUUUGGAUAUCGCUCAGUGCCCUUCUGGCAAGAUGUGAAAGUGAGCCGCUAUCCACUUGAUUCUCGUGAUGGACCAUUGGCCAAUGAGGAUAUGAGGCACAAUAUUCGGGGACUGUCUGUGGGCUAUAGCAAUCGCUACGAGAAGAGAGGGAAGCAAGUGUGGAGCUUACGUGGACUGCUCGAUUUCAAUGUUCUUUUUGGUGAGUGGCCUCACACUGUGCCGCGAAAGGAAGGCGCAAUCCCAGGAGAGCCUGGUGGUGACUCGUUUGCUCAACUGAAGGAAGGAUACCCCUGGUUUCAUUUUGAAAAUGGAGAGGAGACGGGAAUUAUGGCUCUGGUGGAGAGGAUUGCGGGCUGCAAUGGCAAUGCCAAGGUGCCUGUGUACAGCUACAGCGUGCAUGGCUUCUACGGCUGGAGAGGAGAACGCCCUUUCCAGGAGACAGUGGAGAAACAUGACUACACUGGCUUUGAGCAGCUCGAAUGCCUGCACCUGAUGCUGCGGGCGGGCGUUCAGCGCAAAGAUGUUCCAGGUGCAAUGGAGAUGAAGAUCCGCUUUGCAGAUGCCGAUGCUGUUGGCAACAUCCAUUUGGGUCGCAAAUGUGGCUUCGACCUUCAAUCCAGGCUGAAGGCUCUCUUUCCUGCUGGAUUGAAGCCAGAGUCAAUUGUGUGGAAGGACAAUAUGAACCGGACUUUUGCAAUGGAUACAGACACAGCCAUCCUUCCACCUCUUGCAGAUUUCAUGGAGUCUUCUGUGAAGGGAUCGCAGAAAUGCACAAAAGACUGUCCAACAGCCUACACUGUGAAGGCUGCAGCAUCUGAUGGCUCGCAUUCCAGAGCAGACAUUACCAUCAAGGAAGCAUCUCUGGACAGAUAUGCAAUUGAUGUUAGAUACACUCGCUACACAGUGGACAGCAUUGCACAGAGAAUGGAGACAACAGUGGCUCGUGUUGUUCCAGCUGCGUCCCACAACACCGACAUGCCAGGUCAUCCCAGUGGCAUCAGUGUGGUGGCUGGAGAGCGACGCCUGAAUCUGCCAGCUGUGAAACGCAAGCUACAGGAUCUCCCAAGUGCCACAUGCUCCAAUCAGUGGACCAUUUCAAUGCUUGUCCAGAUGGAAGCAGACAUCUAUGUUGGAAAAUACAUCCUGUUCAGUGUUGGCUCUGCUCCACAUUCUGUGUCAAGCUCGGUUCCCCUAGUGGAAAUCCACCAUCCCCACCGCACAGAUUACCGAUUGGUGGUCCAGUGGCAACACGACAAGCAGUAUGUCGAUGUCUCAGGCCACUUCCUGGAAAGGGCCACAACAACUGUACAUCUCCUUUUCGUGUAUGACAACGAUCGCCUUGGUGUCUGGGUGGAUGGCAAGGGGGGGUGGCUGGUGCCCGAUGUUUGGUGCAUACCAAGCCGUCAGAAGAUUGCAUACUGCGACCAUGACCGCAAGGGGAUGGGCCUCAACUGGAGCCCGGAAGAUGCCCUCUGGAUCGGAGACGAAGACCGCGGUUUAGAUGCCACCUUGAUGCACAUGAAAAUGUACAACUAUGCAAUCCCACAAGCUGAAUGGGAGAAGGAAAGGGACUGCACCGAUUUGGGCAGCUGCGCGUCGAGGUUCAUGGUACAGGAACCAAAGGCAGCACCAUCGCCUCCCCUGCCUGUGCAGCCCAUCGUUUCACGGCCAGCAACAACUUAUUAUUGGUUUGUUGGGGAUGGAGAAUUUGGUGCCUGCUCUGUGGAGUGUGGUGGUGGUGUGCAGCACCGAUCUGUUGCGUGCGUGACAAGCAGUGACAGGGGGAGAGUGUACGUGGAUCCGCAGCUGUGCCCACAAGAACAGAAACCUGAUCAGGAGCGGCGCUGCAAUGUGGGAGUGUGCGGUCACAAUGAGCUCAGAUGGAAGUCCCGAUGGCCAGAAGCGUACUGUGUUGAAGAUGCUUGCAGCUCAGUGGAUAGUGACGAGGCCAUGCUGUGCUUCGAUGCAUUCGGGUUCGCCGCCCCCUUGCAGUCUUGCAGCAUCGACUAUGCGUCACAGUACCAGAAUGCACUACACAGUUUCCGCGCUGAGAACAGGGUGAACCCAGACUGUCAGCCAAUGGAAUGCACGAAUCGGUACUUUUGGAGUGUGACACCCUGGUCAAGCUGUGAUAAGCUGUGUGGCGGAGGGACGAGCACAAGAAGGGCGGUUUGCAUGGGCUCCGAUGAGCAGGCUGAGGUGGACGCCAGCUUGUGCAACACAGCUGACAGAGGCCCCAUAACGGGUCACGAAAUGUUGCAAACCUGCAACGAUUUUCCCUGUGACGUCCAUGUCUGGAAGGUGGGCGGAUGGGAGGCAUGCCAUGGGGAAGACAAGGGCUACUCCCUGCGCACAGUGAACUGCAUAGACGGCAACGGCACCGUGGUGGCCAAUGGCAUGUGCUCUGCUCCAAUCCCUUCUGAAGAAGAGGCAUGCAGAGUGGAUGAGAAUGCUGCCGUUUGCAGACCCAUCAACAGUCCCCAAAACUACGUGGACUGCUCUGGUCACGGAAACUGCGGAUGGUGGGGGUGCGAUUGCCUGGAAGGGUUUCAUGGCGCUUACUGUGAAACACCGCCAUCGUGCGUCGGUGUUUUGGAUAAGCACGCAGCCUGCUGUGAGAGCGGCCUUGUGGACGGCGAUGGGAGCUGCUGCGAGUCUAUUGACGCCGUCCUGGAUGCUAACGGCAAAUGCUGCCCUAGUGGCAAAGUGGAUGUUUGUGGCUUCUGCGAUGGCUCAGCUACUGCAGUGGAUAUCAUGGGGAGGUGCUGCCUGGAUUCCACACUGGGUCAGAACGGUCUGUGCUGUGAGGGCGGCUACAUUGACGAAUGUGGAGUUUGCAACGGAAAUUCCAUGACUUGUGCCAUUCAAAUGAACCUCCAUUUCUGGGUCGAGGGCAACAGAAAGAGAGCGACCUCGCUGUCGACCGCAGAGGAGGCAGUUCUCCAUGCGGCCCUGGCACUCGGCUUGAGCAAUCGGCUGGCUUUGGAGCCAGGGUCGUUCAGGAUGGGUCCUGUGUUACAGGGUGAAGAUAGCCCGGAACAGAGCUUCAAGAUAUUGGUCAAAAUAUCUCCGCAGGAAGUGAUGUCGAAUGUCACGGUGGCUUUCACAUUGAGCGCAGUUCUCAGCAAGCUGCACGCAUUCAGUAUCACCAGCACCCCUCCUGGAGUGGGCCUCAUCACAGGGUCCAGGAGCCUGGCUGCGGAAUCCAUCCAUACAGCCGAUUGGUUGCCAGAAGAUUGGGUCAUUCGUCUGACGGACAUAAACGGCAUGGCCAGAUUGGGGAUAUGCGGGAAUGGGGUUUGUGAGAUCGGCGAGCAGGUGGUGCAUGCAGACUCCACAGAGGGAUUUGCUGCAGGGAGCAGCGAUGCCGGGUGCCGUGAGGAUUGCAAAAUUCCCCUUCACAUGUGUGCACAGUCGGCGCCGGAAGACGGCAAUGGCCAGCCCAAGCAGUGUGGGGGGCACGGCACGUGCCUGAUUGCCUCUGGGGCGUGCCAAUGCUUUGCGGGGUACAUCGGCGACUUGUGCGAUGCGUGCGCUGCCGGAUACACGAUGGUGAACGGCGCGUGCCAAAAGCACUACGUCCACGGCGCAUGGCUGCCCGACGGCCCCUCAACCUUCGACAUUGAAGCCGGUCUGGAUGGGCAGAGCGAGGAGAGAGCGGGGGGGCGGUCCUCAUCGGCGGGGGCGCUUCCGUUCAAGAUGCUGUUGGCCGUGGCGGCGUGCAUUCUUACUGCGAUUGUGCUGCUUGUCUGCUGCUUUCUUAUGGCCUGUGCACGUGCUCGCCAGCGACGCACAACUAUCAAUGCUCUGUCCGACCCCACACCUGAACCCUCCAAGACGGCCUCCCAGUCCUGGCGACGCCACAACCAGACGCUGAACAGGGUUCGCAUUUCGACGGCGCCAGACAGCCCGUGGCCGGAGCAAACGAAGGGCAGCCUGGGGCCCAGGACGCUGCACAGGCUGCAGACGCUCUGCUUAGGGCGCAGGGACCACCAGUCGGGCUGGCUCGCUCGCCAGCCAUCGACGCAAAAGCCUGGCGCCGGGGAGUUGUUCAAUGUGGCUCUGGGGACGCGAGGCGUGGCCGAUGCGAACUUCACGCUGCCAGGUCAGACGGGAGCUUGA